AUGACGCGGUCGUCUGGGCCUUCGGGGCUUGAGACGCAAUCUGGUAAGAGCCUGGGGCAUGACUCGUUUGCCUACGAGGAUGAGCCCAACAAGCUGGCACAUUUUGUUUCGCAGGAACUUGAUCUGCCGAUGUUCAAGGCAUCUUCCGCUUCGAUCCAUCGUAUCGAAACACCCCGGCAAUUCUACGGUUUGCUCAAGAAAAAAAUUAGCGAAGCCAAACGACGGAUUUUCCUGGCUACGCUCUACGUGGGAAAAGAGGAAAGGGAACUCGCCUAUUUCCUUUGCAGGGCACUAGCUCGCAAUCCGGCGCUGCAACUGACUCUUCUUAUGGAUGCUAUGCGCUCGACACGGGAGAGUCCGAAGAACAUUUCGAGUGCCUCCCUCCUAUCGCAUCUUGCGUCGAUGUUUCCUGAUCAAGUGGACAUUCGCCUGUAUUCUACGCCGCUGUUACGGCCUGGAAGUUUCAAAUCGCGUUUACUGGGUAAGCGGUUCAACGAAGGAUUUGGAUUGCAACACAUGAAGAUCUAUGGCUUUGAUGAUGACAUCAUUAUGAGUGGGGCCAAUCUUUCCCGUGACUACUUUACGCGUCGGAAGGACAGAUACAUCCUGAUUCGCCAGCAUGCACCAUUAGCCGACUACCUCCAUUCGCUUAUCCUUCUCAUUUCUCGUUUUAGCUAUGCUGUGCACUUUUCUGGCGAUACCAACGUGCUUACCCAUUGCAAGAAAAAUAUUGAAAACCUUGACGACUUUUCGUCAGAGUUGACACAGGUGUACAAAAGCCCAUUUCGCCUAACGUGGGACGGGGGCCGAGACUUGCUCUUGGCAGAGGAUGCUGAUGGCACAAUUGUGCCAUCGGGACUCUUUCCACCCAGUCAGCAGUACCCGUUGCGCAACUGGGCGUCACAGGCACACAAAGAUCUGCUGGAUUUCACUGAAAGAUGGCGGCAACGGUGCCGAAAAAUUCAGCAACACCAUUAUGAGAAGGCGGACACUUGUAUUGUUCCAUUACUUCAGAUGGGCCAGUUGAACAUUUCCCAAGAAACGGCAAUGAUACCCUAUCUCACCAAAUUUAUCGAGGCGUUGCGGUUGCGCCCUUCCAAGUCCCUACAGACAGUCGCACGGCCUUUCACGACUGUGGAUAUUACGUCAGGCUACUUUACGCUCUCCAGCAUCUACCGCUCCCUCGUACUCUCAGAUCAACUUCAUCAAGCGCCUGCUGAUCCUGCUCGUGUACCUGUUGCAUUCCGCUUGGUGGCAGCGUCCCCGGAAGCGAACGGGUUCUUUGGGAGUCGUGGUAUUACCAAUCGGAUCCCCGCCGCCUAUACUUACAUGGAGGCCCAGUUUUGGAACGAAGUGGUGAAAAAGUCGCUGAACCGUCCUGUGGAUCCGACACAUCCUUCCAUGCAAGAUGUCCAAGACCCUGUUUCCACGGGGCCGAUUUCUGCGGUGGAGCUGCGCGAAUGGCGCAAGUACGGUUGGACGUAUCACUCCAAGGGCCUCUGGAUAUCCCCCCCGAGCCGUCGUAACGACCAAUGUCUCCCCUCAUCGACUCUCAUCGGCUCAUCCAAUUACGGAGCCCGUUCGGAAAAGUUUGAUUUGGAAUGCUCGCUCCUCAUUACGACACAUGCUCCAUCACUCCGUCAAAUAUUUGCUACGGAAGUCACGGAUAUGCGCGAAGAUGCACGCGAUCUCAUGAACGAAGAGGCCUUCCAGGCUAAGGACCGCAAGGUGGAUAUAGUCACGCGCUGCCUGACCCACCUGGUCAAAUACAUGAUGUAG